CUUUCUCUUGACAUUUUUCGCGGGCUUACUGUCACGUUGAUGAUAUUUGUGGAAUACGCUGGUGGAAUUUAUCCUUCCGUUAAUCAUUCACCGUGGAAUGGUAUAACCCUGGCGGAUUUUGUCAUGCCAUUUUUCCUCUUCAUUGUUGGGGUGUCACUUGGACUCGCGUACAAGAACUUGCCCUGCAGACUGACUGCGACUAGAAAAGCAAUGCACCGCGCUUUUAAGCUUUUCAUCAUUGGCCUCUUUCUUCAAGGAGGCUAUUUUCAUGGCGUAAACGAUCUAACUUAUGGAGUGGACGUUGAGAACAUUAGAUGGAUGGGUAUAUUGCAGAGAAUUGCAAUAUCAUUCUUGGUAGCAGCUAUGUGUGAAAUUUGGCUUAAGGCUACUAAUUAUAAAGUCAACUCAGGACAAUCUUUGCUGAAGAAAUACCGCCUUCAAUGGGCCUUGACUAUAAUUGUCACUAUUGUAUACCUUUCUUUGUUCUACGGUUUAUAUGUUCCUGAUUGGGAGUAUCAUAUUCCAACGGAAUCACAAAUAUUCUCAGUGAAAUGUGGUGUACGAGGAGACAUUGGGCCAGCAUGUAAUGCUGUAGGAAUGAUCGAUCGAAAAAUAUUGGGAAUUCACCACUUAUAUACCAGACCUAUUUACGGACGAUUAAAAAAAUGUAGUGUCAAUUCUCCUAAUUACGGUCCCCUUCCUCCAGAUGCUCCAUCAUGGUGUCGCGCCCCAUUCGAUCCAGAAGGACUAUUGAGCUCAUUAAUGGCAGUUGUAACUUGCUUCAUUGGUCUGCAUUAUGGGCACAUUAUUGUCCAUUUCAAGGAUCAUAAAGUUAGAAUUCAGCAAUGGUUGAUACCGUCCUUUUGUCUUGUACUAUUGGGUGUAAUAUGUGACUGUUUUGGGAUGCAUUUGAAUAAGGUGUUGUACUCAUUCAGUUAUAUGUGUGUUACUGCUGGUGCUGCUGGAUUUCUCUUCACUGUAGUCUAUAUGGUGGUUGAUGUGUGGGGCUAUAGAAAAUACUGGACCAUAGUACUGAAAUGGAUGGGAACGAACGCGCUGCUGAUUUACGUUCUUGUAUCGUGCAAUAUCUUGCCGGUUAUUUUACAGGGAUUUUAUUGGAGACGACCUGAAAAUAACCUUCUCAGAUUGAUUGGUAUCGGACAUUAA